ACUGCAGUUUGAUAAGAGAAGUGCUUAUGUGCAUGAGCCAGCUUGUUUGGGGAUAGGCCCAUACCCACCCAUGCCCACCAUCAGAGCUUAGGGUUUCUCUCCCAGAUCUCAUCCUCAACCAAAAGUCAACACCAACUUUCACUAAUCUUUACCCCCUUUUCCUAUCUUCUUGAAUCAGGGUUGUUAGCGGAUUUAUAACUGUUCAAGAUACUUUCAAGUCUUUUUUAUUUUUUCCUUUUCUUGGGUUGGAGGGGGGCAGUAAAAGGGGGCAAAUUUGGGCUGCCAAUGCAAUUUGUUUCAUUGAAAUUGUUAGAAUUUUCGGUGGAUUUUUGUGGGAUACCGAAAAAGUUGAAGCCUUGUUUUGACCUCAUCGAUGUCUUGGGCAGGCCCGGAAGAUGUCUACCUCUCCACUUCUCUUGCUAGUUAUCUUGAUAAGAAACUUCUUGUAUUACUCCGAGAUGGCCGGAAACUAUUAGGGAUUCUUCGUUCCUUUGAUCAAUUCGCUAAUGCUGUCAUAGAAGGGGCAUGUGAGCGUGUUAUUGUUGGUGAUCUGUAUUGCGACAUUCCAUUAGGUCUAUAUGUAAUCCGUGGGGAAAACGUUGUCUUGAUAGGGGAGCUGGACUUGGACAAGGAGGAACUUCCCCCACAUAUGACUCGUGUUUCAGCAGCAGAAAUAAGAAGGGCACAAAAAGCCGAAAGGGAGGCGUCAGAGCUCAAGGGUACCAUGAAAAAGAGGAUGGACUUCCUCGACAUGGAUUGAUGAAGUUUCUUGUGACAUUAACUUCUUAGUUUGCAACGGCACCUGCAAAUACUACCGCGUAUGCAGCAUCACCGGAAACAUUAGUCGUCUGGACGAUUUCUGUCAAAAAUUCACAGUUCUCUGUAGCAUUCACAACCGCAAACAGUAAUUAGCCUUAUGUUGGACGAUUCAAUUUCAUUUUAUGCCUGUGUUGAUGUUAUUGAUCGGGUCAAAGAAGAUCAAGACAAUACAACAAACUGCGAUUAGGUCGUGGAUUCACUGUUGUUCUGAAAGAGAGUCGAAGUAUCUCAGGUUCUUCCGUAUAUUUUGUUCUGGAAGGACUCGGGGUUUCUCUCGUGUUGGCCGAAUGAAUGUAUAGACUGGUAUCGUGGCAUGGCGUAUGAUCCUUUACUCAAGUAACAUCUGAAGCUCUGCUCUCUUCCUUUGUGUAAA